GUUAUAAAGGGCGCAAGCCUCCACCACGCCAGGCUUUUGGUGUCUCGUCCUCGCCACUCGCGCUGCACCUCCGGCUGUGGCGCGCACGCCUCCUUCAGACGACCGUCGGUGGGACGCUUCUCUCGCAGCCCUCUCCGGAGAGUGUUAGCGACUCUCCUUGGGGCACCAUGCCCAACGACGACGCAUUUAGCAAGCCCUCCGCACCGUCGGAGGCCCCGCACGCCCCCGGGGCACCGCCGCAGGGCAAGGCGGGCGGCUUCAGCAAAGCGGCCGGAGCGCAGUUGGGAGCUGCUGGGAGCUCCAGUGCUGGGGGCAGCGGAGGCAGCUCUGGAGCUGGGUCGUCGGGUCUCGGCGCCACGAGCAAGAAGUCCCCGCGGCUGCCCAAGUGUGCGCGCUGCCGGAACCAUGGCUAUGCGUCCCCACUCAAGGGCCACAAGCGCUUCUGCAUGUGGCGGGACUGCCAGUGCAAGAAGUGCAACCUCAUUGCCGAGAGACAACGCGUGAUGGCCGCACAGGUGGCCCUGAGACGGCAGCAGGCCCAGGAGGAGGAGCUGGGCAUCAGCCACCCCAUCCCGCUGCCCUGCGCGGCCGAGCUCCUGGUCAAGAGAGAGAACAACGUUGGCAACCAGUGCCUGAUGACUGAGAGCAGCAGCUCCGUGCAGCCGCCGCCGCCCAGCAUCCCGACCACUGCAGCUUCAGCAAACACCUUUCUAGUGGCCCUGAGACGGCAGCAGGCCCAGGAGGAGGAGCUGGGCAUCAGCCACCCCAUCCCGCUGCCCUGCGCGGCCGAGCUCCUGGUCAAGAGAGAGAACAACGUUGGCAACCAGUGCCUGAUGACUGAGAGCAGCAGCUCCGUGCAGCCGCCGCCGCCCAGCAUCCCGACCACUGCAGCUUCAGGGUUUGUGCAGUGA